CUUAAGAUAUGGUGUUACUGUGCACACAGCACACCCAACUAUCGACCAAGCUCCGUGGCGCUAAGAUUAGAUAACCAAGAAGGCACCACAGUCGUGACUUGCGACCCCGCGGUUACCAUCUUCUCCCUCCUUCCCUUCAAAGAAUAUAACCUCGCACUCCCUCCUCAUACACUACUGGUGCCAUAUAUUGAAUGGCAUGACCCAUAUACAGCCAUGACUGAGAUAAUAAGCGGCCAGGUACCGCCUCUUAUCCUUGGGCCUUCUGACAAAGAGAAGAAAUACGACCGCCAGCUCCGAUUAUGGGCAGCAAACGGCCAACAGGCUCUAGAGGAUGCCCAUAUUUGCCUGAUAAACUCGGGUUCGGGAACUACAGGUGUUGAAACCUUGAAGAAUCUUGUUCUCCCAGGAAUUGGCCUGUUCACAAUCGUCGACGACAAAUCCGUGGAGGAGUCCGAUCUGGGUGUCAAUUUCUUCUUGGAAGAAGCAAGUUUGGGAAGGCCUCGCGCUGAAUGCUGCACAGAGCUUCUCGCCGAGCUCAACCCAGACGCUACAGGCCAUUGGGCGUCCAGCUUCGAUGAACAUUCGGCGUUUACGCUUGUCUUGUACACGACCCCAAUCGACGACGAACUCCUCAAAACCGUCAAAAACUACUGCCAUAUCCACAAAGUACCACUAGUGUCCAUCAAUUCCCUCGGGUUCUACUCCUACUUCAAUAUUACCUUCAAUGGCAACUUCCCCAUAGCUGACACUCAUCCCGAUUCAACGGCAACCACAGACCUGAGGCUCUUGACUCCUUGGCCAGAGCUAAUAGAGUUUGCCCAAGAGUUGACUAUUGAUAUCGACAAUCUCAGUGCCCACAAGCAUGGACAUGUCCCUUACGUAGCACUUCUGCUGCAUUACUUGGAGGAAUGGAAAGCCGAGAACUCAGGAAGCGUACCUCAAUCGUAUGCCGACAAAGUUAAGUUCCGGAAGAUAGUAGCAGCUGGAGCACGUACCGAUAGCCCCGAGGGAGCUGAAGAGAACUAUGAUGAAGCUACAGCUGCUGUAUUGAAGACCGUGUCGUUGCCUGGUCUUCCUAGCUCUGUUAGGGAAGUUUUUGAGUAUCAGCCAAAUCAAGAUGAGGCGAAAUCUGGGUUCUGGAUUAUUACAGAGGCAAUUAAGCAGUUUCACGCGAAACAUGGUGCCCUCCCCUUGCCCGGAUCGGUUCCAGAUAUGAAGGCCGAGUCGGAGGUCUAUAUCCAGCUUCAAAGCAUAUAUAAGAAAAAAGCCCGACAGGAUGUUGAUGAAAUUUUGGAAAUUUUGGGCACUAUCCCCAACGGAAACGAGGUUGAGAAGGAAGAAGUUGAGACAUAUUGCAAGAAUGCUGCAUUUAUCAAACUUGUCCGGGAGUCAGCGCCAGAUACUGACAGAAUAAAACAACUUGCAGACUCGGAGCUAAAUGCAGAAUUCGAGCUGCAACCAACACUAUUACCCGUCUACCUCGCCCUCAAAGGCAGCGAGUCCGCAAAACCAGAAGCAGGCGCGGCCGCGGCAUCAGCACCCCAGAUUUUGAGCGAAAUAUCCAAGAUCGUCCCAGAUGCAGCCAGUGAUGAUAGGCUCGCCCGAGUGGCAACUGAAGUAGCUCGAGCACAGGGUGGCGAGCUACACAACAUUGCGGCUCUGACUGGUGGUAUGGUGGCCCAGGAAGUGAUCAAAAUCAUUACGAAGCAGUAUAUUCCCAUCGACAACACGUGCGUGUUUGAUGGGAUUGUGAGUCGCUCUCAGAUUUUCAGGAUCUAGCCUGUCAUGGUUAAAACUUGGGAUCUGAGGAUAGGGUCACUUGGAGCUACAUAUAUUCAUGAGUGAGUAUCAACGGAUGGCGUUUGCUGCGGUUUAGCGUGUUUUCUCGCACCACACAAUGAUGUUGAUAAGGUGUAUUCAGAUGAAGAGUUGGGUCGCGGUGGAGGCCCAAUGCUCCACUGCCAAAACCUGGGAGGUGAAGAAACCAUAAGAGUUCGGUUAUUGCAAGUUGCCAGCUGCAGUAAUACUUUACAAGAUGGAAAACACAAUGGAAAAUGACUAGGCAACGUGCAUCAUUAUGUAGACUGUUAUAAAGCUAGGAGAGCGAAUUACCGAAGGCCCAGAGGCCGUGGAUUCCAUUUCUGCUACCUAACAAUCCAGUCUUUGCCUUG